AUCCAUUCUCGGAAUAGCAAUUUUACGAUCCCGUUUUCAGUACUGGAAGCCAUGGCGACUGAUUCACCGAGUUCUGUUCGAAAGGUUGUUGUUCAUCUGAGAGCUACUGGCGAUGCUCCUAUACUUAAGCAAGCUAAAUUUAAGAUCGCUGGGACUGAGAAGUUUGCUAAAGUUAUUGAUUUUUUACGACGGCAACUACACCGGGAUACUCUGUUUGUCUAUGUCAACAGUGCAUUCUCACCAAAUCCUGAUGAAUUGGUGAUUGACCUAUAUAAUAGUUUUGGUUUUGAUGGUAAACUGGUGGUCAAUUAUGCAUGUUCCAUGGCUUGGGGCUAACUUGUGAUCAUUGUUCUGUCCGUAUGAACUGUUCAUUCUGUCAUGUUGCCAUAUGUCACUUGACAUCAUUUUAACUUAUCUCUUGCUUGCAAACAAACAAUGGCACAUAAUUGCUAGCAGUCUGAAGAAUUUGUACAGUGCGUAACAGCAUCCACAAUUCAAUUGUUUAGUUGUGCAUCUGUGGAGUUGAUUUCAACCCGUUUAUAAUUGAAAUUGUCAUAACUUUAAUAGAUUCACAUGAUAAAAUUACAUUCUGCAUAUUUCUGUGCUGUCAACAGAUUGAUGUAAAGACAGAUUGUCCUUGUUUCAAUCAAGCUAUCCUGUUUUUGUUACUCAUCUUUUGCCUGUCAUCCAUUAGAAACCAUGGUGACCGAUCUAGUAAGUAAAAGCAUUGUAUUCUGAUUGCUAGCUAAUAACCCUUAUCUCUCUGGGACACCCAAUCAAUUUCAAUAUCAACCAUUUAUAAUUCAUCAAUAUGCUCGGUUGGUUGGAUAAAAGAGCGAUUGGUGUUGGAGACAAUGGUUGUAGAAAAAUCAAUCUCUGCGGGGCUUCUCCGCGGCAUUUCUACAAUCAACUUCAAGUCAAUUC